AUGAAAGUGAUCUGUGCAGGACUGAGUAAAACAGGAACCACAUCCAUGGCGACAGCUUUGCGGAUUCUCGGCCUCGCCGUGUACGACUGGUCGGAACACUGCACCAUUCAUGUAGACGAGUGGCUCAAUAUUCUUCACAGGGGCAAGAUACCCGACUUUUCCGCUAUGUACAACAAUGUUGACGCAGUGACUGACCUUCCAGCAGCGAUUUGGUUUCAAGAAAUCCUUGAGGUAUUUCCAGAUGCAAAAGUCAUUUUAACAGUUCGAGACAACGAAGAUGUUUGGGUGAGGAGUUGGUCAAAACAGCAAGAGGUGGAGAACAACCUUAAUGGCUGCUGGUUUCCGACAAGGAUACUGGAGAGGCAGUGGCUCUACCAUAAAUAUUAUGCACUUGCGGAUGCAACGAAUUCCGCAGCUUUUGGAAGCCUAAACCCAAAAUCAGUUGUUCUGUUCAAGAAGAAGUAUCGCGAGCAUAAUGAACGAGUGAAAGUUGUCGUUCGAAAGGAAAACUUGUUGAUCUUCAACGUGAAGCAGGGCUGGGGACCUCUCUGCGAAUUUCUCAAGUGUCAGAUCCCGACGCAAGAGCCCUUUCCUCGGAUAAAUGUAGCAUUAUCGAAUACCUUUGAAAAAAUGGCAAAACGUCAGCAAGAGGCUAAGGAAGGAAUUGAAAGCAUUUCCGAGAGUUAUCUUUUAAUAUCGUAUUUUCAACUUGACUUUUGUCACGAUUGA